AUGGACUUAGAAAAUAAAAAUAAAACACAUCCAAGAGCAGCCGAGCUGGAUAAUAAAACUAAUGAGGAAUUAUCAUAUGAGGAAAGUUUGUUCAUUGAAUAUACACCAAAUCAUGUUAAAGUUUUGUUUGUAUGUGUGUGUAUAACAUCACUGUUCUGCAGCUGUGUUUCUCUGACAGUGUUAAAGCGGACAAGAAGAAUUCCACAUGCUGCAAAGUUCCUGUCUGCUGGACUUCUGUGCUUUGAUUCAUUGUAUAUGACAGUUAUUACAAUUAGAAAAUUUAUACAAGAACCUCUUUUGAACACAACUCUCCAAGUGCUGUCCACUACAUUGUUACAACUUGGUUAUGUUACCGUAACAUUUAUGUCCGUCGAGCGCUUUUUUAUGUUCUUUAAACCGAUGAAGUACAUCGCAAAAUGUACACCGUCGUAUCUCAGAUUGUCUACUAUAACAAUUUGGGUUGCUACGGUAACAGUUUUUCAAAUUGUAAGGUAUGGAGCAUGUUACGUGAAGUUUGAAUCUCGCAAAGUUUUUAAUCAAGCAGGACUUUGCAACAGAAUUGUGACAGUCUACUACUUAACAUUGGUCGUGUUAUCACUAAGUAUAUCUAUGUUGUGUUACUGGAGCAUAUUCAACAUGGUGAAACGGCAGUUGGCAUAUUAUGAAAGAAAGAAAGUUUCAUUUACAAUGAUGGCUUCAUUCUUACGAAGCUACAAGUCCACCACUCUAGUUCUUGUAUACAUACUUGUCAUCUUUGUUACAUCAUUUGUAUAUGCAAUCAUCAUAUUGUAUAUAAGGUACAUGAACCUUGACGUGAGGAGUAUACGUACAUCUCUAGAAGUUGUGUCCGCUAUCAACUGUUUUAUAAACCCAUUUCUAUAUGUUAUGUGGUUCAAAGAGAGUCAAAUGGAAGCUUUCAAGCUGUUUUCAUGCUUCAACAAGAACUUCAAGACUAAAGCUGAAGCAAUGAAGUAUGAAAUAUUUGACAUAGUGACAUCUUACCAGCAUGUGACAUCUACUGUUUGA